AUGAGGCUUUCCCAAAUGCAGCCGGAUGUCAUCACCUACAGUGGGGUUAUCAGUGCUUGUGCGCACAGCAGUGACUGGCUCAUGGUUUUGGCUCUCUUGCACCAGAUGGGCACAGACACCCAGAUUCCAGAUGUGAUCAUUUAUGGAAGUGCCAUCAAAUUCGCAGAAAAGGCGGGCCAGUGGCAAAUUGCUGCAGAACUUCUUGAGAUGAUGGAAAUGGCCGAUGUGCUACCAAACGUGAUCAGCUGCAACAGCGCCAUCAGCUCCUGUGAGAAGGCUGGAGAAUGGCUGGCAGCGCUGAUGUUGCUCCUGUCUUUUGAGGGAAGGGGGCUUCAGGCCGACGUUAUCAGCUUCAAUGGUGCCAUCAGCGCUUGUGAGAAAGUGCGGAAUUGGCUGGCAGCCCUCAGCCUUCUGCAAAUGACCAAGUGCUGGUAUGUCGUGCCAGACGUCAUCAGCUUCAGCGGAGUCAUCAGUGCUUGCGAGAAGUCCACGGCUUGGCGACAAGCCCUGAGUUUGCUUGGCGGGAUUCGCUCAGCUGAGCUGCUUCCUGAUGUGAUUGCCUGCAGCAGCGCAGUCAGCGCUUGUGAGAAGGCCAGCCGCUGGCUUGCAGCCCUCAGUCUGCUAAUGUCCCUGCCGAAGGACGAGGUGAGGCCCAACGUCAUUACGUGGAACAGUGUCAUCAGUGCCUGCGAGGGGGUAGGCCUUUGGGAGUGCGCGUUGCAUCUCCUGGAGACGAUGCAGGGCUUUCUCCUUGUCCCCGACGUCGUUACCUACAGCUCGGCGAUCAGCGCCUGUGGCAAACGGGCGCUUGGUGCCUGGCAGACGGCCCUGGCCUUGCUCAGGCGCUUGGCACUCGGCGCGAAUGCGGUCAGCUUCAACGCUGCGAUCCAGGCGUGCGCCGCGGCCUGGCAGUGGCAAAGGUCUCUUGCGCUUCUCGACGACAUGGGGCCUAGGAGCCUGCAAGCUGAUGUCCUCAGCUUUCGUGCUGCAGUAUGGGCGUGCGAAUGCGAAUGGCACUGGAUGCCAGCCCUUCAUGUGCUGAAGAAGCUCGAGGGUCUUCCGCGGGGCUCCAGCUCCAGCUCCCCACAGGCCCUCUUCGAUCGGAUGAACCAGCUUGCCGAGGAGGGCGACGUCCUCGCUGCCGAGCGCUGCUUCAGCGCCCUUCGUGCGGUGCUGCCCAAGGAGACGAUCCGCAAGCUGUACCACACCAAUCUCAAGGCUUGUGCCAAUGCUGGAGCCUUCCGGAAAGCUCUGGUCGUCUUCGCUCGCAUGCGCGAAGACGGGGUGCGCCCAUCUCCUCGCAGCUUCGGCAAACUGAUGAACGCCGCCGCUCGCAGCAGCGAAGCCAACUGGGCUCUGCUGCUGCUCAAAGCGCAGGAGCAGGUCACCGGCAACGACCUUCCCUCCCUGGGAGCUUUGUUGGAUGCCUUUGCAAGGGCCGGGCAGAGCGAAGCGGCAGCUGCGCUUCUGCGGGAGGAGGCGACAGCUAUCGCUCCAGAUCGUCAGGCCUACAGCAUCGUGAUCAAGGCCUUUGCACAAGAAGGGCGACCCAGCGAGGCGGCCGCAUGGCUUCAACUGCUAGCUGAUCCUGACAUCGAAGCGUUCAACACCGUGAUGCACGGAUAUGCUCGCCUCGGGCAGGUUGAGGAAGCAGAAGCCUGGAUGGGCCGCGCGAUUGCCCUGCGCCUCGAGCCGAAUUUGGUGAGCUACACCACCUUAGUGGACUCUUGCGCCAAGUCCGGGCAGCCUGGCCGCGCUCUGCACUUCCUCAGACAGGCCGACCAGAAAGGGCUGGCCAUGGAAGCGAGACCCUACCAAGCCGCCAUCGACGCGUGCGCCAAGCUUGGUUACGUGGCAGAGGCGGAAAAGCUCUUCCAGGAAAUGCAGGCGUUGCACCUGGAUCCCGGCCUGGAGUCUUUCACUGGGCUCGUGCGCGCCGCCUCUCGUGCCGGGCAGCCUGCCGAGGUUGCUGAGUGCUGGCUUCGUCGCGCAGAAGCUACCCUCAAGGCCGAUGUGGUGAUUCUGAACUCUGUUAUCACGGCCUGGGCAAGGGCUAGAGAUGCGGAGCGAUGCCUCUUCUGGUUGGACGGAAUGACGUCCCGGAAGUUGGCUCCCACAGCUGCCUCCUUCACGAGUGCGCUAGCAGCAUGUGGAAGCGGCGCCAAAGGUCAGCAGAGGAGGACUGCAGAUGAGAUUUGGAGGCGACUGCUCCAGCACCCUGUGGACUUGGACCCUCGCCUCUGCGCUGCUGUGGAGAGGGCCCGGUUGCCUCUGCCUUGUCUGGGGUUCUUAAAGUGA